UAUGGGGUGCACAUAUCACAGUGUUAAAAGCGCAGUGCCACGGAAAACAUGUAAAAAGAGAGCGUAGUUUAUGCAUUUUUCUUAUAUUCACAAACAGAACUGUGAACAGUGAAAAAAAAAGAAACGGAUAAGCGAAAAUCGUUGCUCAAUUGAAGUGCUCUUGAAUAAAUAUAUGAUAUCAUUCGCCAAUCAAAGCCGCCUUCGUGGUCGUCGUUGUGUAGAGUUGCUAAUAUCGCGCCGCCGUGUCGUAUUGUGGUGGGGAAGCAUUUUGUGUGAUUAAUUCCCGAGCGAACGCGAGUGAAGGUGACGGGAACCGAUUAGUAAUCAUCCUGGUUAGUUGUUGUUUGCUGCGUACAUAUAGUGUCGAAUGUGACAAGUUUCCUGUCCAGUGACAGAAGACAAGACAGGAACGGAAAGAAAGGUGUUGUGGCAGCUGAAUUUGCAUUUUGAUGCUCUUGUUUGAGAAAAGUAUACGAACGUGUACCCGGAAACCAGGUUGCGACAGUCUGACAGCCAGGCCCAUCCAUUCCAAACAGUGAUGCUAAUGUUUGCGUGUUUUCGAUUCCCAAAGGAAAUUUAAAUGUGUACGUGUCGAGUCAGUCUACAAAGUUUUUUGUGCAAUCUUAUGAUCUAAAGUGGUCAGUGCGGAAUGAUUUGUUUACAAUCUAGAAAUAUGUCUCAAUAGUUGCGGAUAGUGAGAACCUGAUCAGGAAUCAAAUCAAUUGGUGUGCUUUUUGCUAUGAUCGAAUAGAUUCAAGAGAGUUGAUACAAGUGGUGUGAAGUCAGGAAAUAAAUCAUGAGUGUGUUUAGUGAUUUUCAGCGAAUGUGGGUUCAGCGAUUCCCGCAGAGUUCGCUUUCGGAUGCCUGGGAGCAAGACGUUCGGGCCAGCUUGGCACGCCAUAAGCAGAAAAUUGCUGAACUGACCAAGGAGUUGGAACAGGAAACGCUGUAUGUGGAAUACUUGGAACGACUGUUGGGUGACGUUGAAAAAUUCCGCGAUGCUGGUGGUGAUCCAUCGGCACUGUUUGAAGCAAAUUCGCCAGCCUCAGCAGCAAAUCUGAUGCCGACUGGUAAAGACGAGGAUAAGGAUAAAACAAGUGGUGAUGGAGAAUCAGAUCAGAACCAAAUCAUCAAGGCCGCUGCUGCCAAUCAAGCGAGCACUGACAAAGGCUCCAAUGGUGCCAGCACCGCUGAGGAGGAUGCCUCCGGUGAAAAAGACAGUGCUACCGCCGGUCUGGUGGCCCUGCGCAGGGACAAUCACCACAAGGACAGUGCACUGAAUCAGUGCAUCAAUGAGCUUACCUCGAAUCUACAUCAGCGUCGCUGCGUUAGUAGUGACGUGUCAUCCCCCACCAAAUCCUCAUCGAUGUCCUCCUCAUCCUCGCCUACGUCGACGAUGAUCACCUCGUCCUCCGGGAAGACUGGUGUACCAAGUAGUGCCAACCCUAACAAUCAGCAACAAGACAGCACUUCCGAAAGUGAACAGUCCCGGUCGCGACGUUCCAGUCAAAGCGAUGCGCUCCUAUCGUCGCCCAGUCAUUUUGUAACAGUAAUUGAAGUUAAGGAGUCCGAAAGCGCUUCCAAGCCGGAAGAAUCCAAACGCAACUCAAGCGCUGCCACAACGCCGGCAUUGCCGGUAAAAACAACUAGCGACAAUAGUAAUAACAAUCCAACCACAAUCAUACAAUCCACGACCACUGCCACUGGCAAGCCUAACAAUUACGAAAACGUACUGAUUAACACCAACCGUGGCAGUUGUGAGAAUUUAAACAAUAGCAGCGGCCCGUUGUACCAAAAGUCACAGCAGAUCAACAAUAACAAUUCCGUGAGCGAGCAUAGUACAUUCCUGACGGAUGCUGGGAAACAUCCGAAGCCAUCGGCACCACCGCUGUCGAUAGCCGAACGAACUUCACAGCUCAUUUCCGGUGCACAGGACCUCAAAAAGAAGGUUCCACCACGACCGCCUCCAAAAUAUCCGCGCCGAGCGGCUCCGGUCGAACCCCCCGUGAUUCCUGCUUCAGCCAUGCAAAAUCUACGCAGGGACCAAUCCUCCGAUGGAACUCCGGACAGUCCGGGCAGUUCUCUGGAACGAAACAUCAAGCCAUCGGAAAUCUACCGGCAAAAGUCGUCGGACUCGUUGGACGUCAAACUGGGUUCGCGAUCUUCCAAAGCAGCCAUCGAACUGGCGGAAGAGUUCGGCAAGAAACUACCAAAGUCCGAUAGUCUCAAGUCAAAAGCAUCCAGCACCGAGAGUCCGACGGGAUCGUUGGGAAAGAACGUUGGAGUAUCACCCACCGGAAGCCUGGGCAAGUUGGCUCACACCACAGGAAGCAGCGAUAGUCCUACGGGAAGCUUGGACAAAAUGAGCCAUCGGGCAACCGAUAGUUUGCAGUCAGUUGGCUCGAAAGAGUCGCUCGCCUCGGGUGGCGGUGGAACUGGUGCUAUUUCGGAGAGGAUUAAAAGCUACGAAUCCAUUUCUUCGCUCAGUUCGGACAGUAUGCGAGUGGGACCGGGAGGUAUUGGUACAGCGCAAGCUGAACAGGAACACUAUUACGAUACGGUCCCACUGGAAAAUGGUGAUGGGGAUUAUGUGUACAUUCAGGCCGGUGGCACUGGCACCGGGUCUACAUCUAGUCGAGAUGAUAUCUCAACGGCAGGUAGCACACUACCUUUGCCGGCAUCACAUCCACGAAGUCACAACAGUAGUCAAACGAGCGUGCAGCUAGAACCAGAAUCUCCAGGACGAAGUUCCAACUAUGUCAAUAUUGACUACUUUAUCCAUUCCAUUUGUGCGGAAAGCGGUCAGAACCACGAGAACCGCAGCAGUUCAAUCGAUAGUGAUGGUGAGGCUGAUGGUGGCCCACCAGUACUGUUGCGUGCAAUCUCCAAUGAGACAGAUUCUGGUCAACCAGGAUUUGGAAUAUUUCGAAAGAUUUCCAACGCUAAUCGCAACACAAUCAUCCGGCACAUCGUAACCAGUAUUAUUACCAGCGAGACGCUAUAUGUAGAGUGUUUGAACAAAAUGAAGCAAUACAUGAAGGCGAUACGGGCCACCUUGACUACGUCGCAACCUGUGAUAUCUGAAGAGGAAUUUCAGACGAUAUUUUUUAAGAUCGAAGACCUGCACGAAGUGCACUCUGAAUUUCUGAACGAGCUGAGGAUAAAACAGCAACCGCUCCCAGACGGUGACGAACUUUGCGUCGGUGAAGUGUUCCGACGGCUGGCAAGUAAUAUACACCUUUACGGGGCAUUCCUGCAUAACUAUGGUCGUGCAAUCGACACGGUUAAAAAGUGCAGUACCCACAGUCAGCAAUUUAAGGAGAUCGUCUCCAAUAUAGUAUUCAAGAACCAAAACGAACAAUCGCUCUCACUUGAAGAGCUACUUCACAAACCAGUUGCUCGGGUACAGAAAAAUGCUUUGGUAUUGGAGGAUUUGCUCAACCAAACGCCAGAACAGCAUCCCGAUUACCAUUCGCUACGGCAAGCAUCUAAGACUAUUCGAACCUUCCUGUCCGAGUUUAAUGUAGUGCAAACCAAAUCAAUGUUUCCGAGUGACGACAAGGCCCUUCGCCGUUUAGUGAAAAACUCAUUUAUCGUCGAACUAGCAGACGGCCACAGGAAGUUGCGGCAUCUGUUCCUGUUCAACGAUGUCAUCGCUUGUGCCAAAUAUAAAGCAGCCGGACGGGAUCGGAAUGGUUUCGAGUUUGAACUGAAGUGGUUCAUCCCGCUGAAAGACAUCGUCAUUUGCGAAGAAUCCGUCAAUGACCCGAAGGAAGCCAGUCCCAUCAAUAUCGUUCAUCUGAAGUCGCAAGCCUGCACGGUGCGCGAUCAAAUCAUGUUCGAUGAGAAGGACGAGAAGAAGCAACGAUCGAGCGGAUCGAGAGCCGGUGAUAAGCAUAGGAAAAAGCUUGCCGAUUUGGAAGCCCAGCUGGUACUGGCAUCGCCGAAUUUGGUUUUCAAGAUCGGGAACAAGGCAACCGGCAAGACGAUGACGUUCUUCCUCAGUUCGGACUUUGAGCGGACGCAGUGGAUAGAAUCGAUUCUCACCCUACAGCAAUCAUGCAAUCUGCCUGGACAAGUGCCAGUCCAGAUCUACGACCUCCAAGCGUGGAUUACCGCUUGCCAGGCGCUCAUUAAAACCGAAAUGGGUUCCUACUUGAUGAGGAACGCUCGCGACGAGAGCCUACUGGUGGGAGAUUUACACCUAACGAUACAGGGUCUGAGUGGAUUCGAGCAGCCAUGCGAUCUCUUCAUUUGCGUCGAAAUCGAUUCCUACGGGCACUACUUCCGCAAGGCAAAGACGAAACUUGUCUGCCGAAGUGCUUCACCCAACUGGAAUGAAUCGUUUGUGCUAGAACUGGAGGGAAGCCAGAACCUUCGGAUAUUGUUGUACCAGGACGAUGUUCAAAGGCCCAUUCUGAGGGCUAAGCAGAUUCUUAAGCUCAGUCGACAGUGGCUUCAGGAAGCACCGAUGACGAAAGUGUUGAAGUUGUCGGAAACUCUUGCAUUGAGCACAGUAAUUCGAUUCGUUCCUGGUGAAGUAACACUGCGCCGGGUUCCUACUUCGAAACCGGGAGCGCUCUUCGGUGCCAAACUUCAGCAAGUUAUCAAACGGGAGAAACGUGACAUUCCAUUCAUUGUGAGUGCUUGUGUCCGCGAGGUAGAACGACGGGGUAUGUCCGAAGUUGGAAUCUAUCGAGUAUCCGGAUCUGCCUCGGAUGUAGCCAAGUUGAAGAAAUCUUUCGAAACAAAUGCCUACGAAGCCGAGCAGCUGCUCAAAGAGGUGGACAUCCAUUCGGUGACUGGUAUUCUCAAGUCGUACCUUCGAGACCUUCCGGAGGCCCUCUUCACCGACCAGUAUUAUCCAAAGUUUUUCGAGACUUUCAAUCGACACUCGAAUUUGAACGAGGCGCUUCGAAUCGACGCGCUGCAUAAAAUUUUCGUCGAACUACCGCCACCGAACAAGGCGACUAUCCAUCUGCUGCUGGAUCAUUUGAUGAGGGUGCAUCAGCAAGAAAUCGAGAACAAGAUGUCCCUUCACAACCUGGCAAUGGUCUUUGGCCCGACGUUAUUGCGGCCAGGUCCGACCACGACGAAACAAAAGGAUUUGCUCGAGUCCAGCACAGCCGAUGUCAUGACGCAAGCUGGAAUUCUUUACAGCUUUCUACAAGCCAGACUGAAGUGAACACGUUUAAUACGAUGAUAAUUGAUACUGCUGAUGACUAUUGAAUGGAUUAAUAAGGGUAUGUUUGAAUACAGUUUACUUUUUCUAUCGUAUUACUGAUAGUAGUGAUAGUAUUUAUUAAGAUUCGCGUGUAGCAAAGACUCGGCAAAGUUAUCGGAAGGAAUGGAUUUUUUUUCUUUGUGUUUGUACUCUUUCGUUAAAUCUACGUGGCAAUCGAUUCAAUGUAAGAAAAAGUGCUGCUAGACUUUAUUAGCGAAUUUUGUUUUUAAUAAUAAAAACUCUUACUUUUGCUUACUUUCAUUUUUAAAUGCUAAAAGCAUUACGUUAUUUUAAGAAGCUCUGGCUUAUGUGAGCUUGAAAAUGUAGCAAAAAAAAAAUUGCUACUUUAUUAAGACGUUGUAUAUUCCUUUGUUAGUCUCUAGAUUACGGAACUGUUUAAUUUUAAAAUACACCCUAAAUAGCAGGUAACCAAAUUUAGUCAUUUUCAACUGUUUCCUAUGUAAAUUUUAUUUUUCAUGUACAUUUGCUUAUGUUGUAUAUAUUAAUGGUUUGAUUUAGCUUUUAGGGCAAACAAAAAGUCAUUAUUUCUGGCAGUUAUUUAAGCAGAUGGCCUUCCGGGCGGUGAAAAGAUGUGUUAUAUGCAUAGUUUGCAAGGUGUUUAUCUGAAUAUAUAACGUAGGCUCAUAAGCGCGACACAAAGCAGCAAGUACAUUCGCAUUAUCAAAUAUCGUUACAAGCAUUAGGUCCAUUAAUCAAGUGUAUUAAUUAAUGCAAUUUAUUAAAAACUGAGUUAUUAUUAAUUAAGUCAGAACCGACUACAACAGGCUUUGAAAAGAAAAAGAAAAACCUUAAAUCUAAUACUGGCAAAACAAUCAAGUAUCUUCUUUAAACAGCCAAAACAACUAUCGAAACACACAUACAACAUUCGCUGCUUAUGUAUUGAAUGCAAUAUUUGUAUGGAAUUAUUAUGAAUAGAGGAAGUGUUUACUGAGACAAGACUUUUUCAUAAUCAUCAACAAUAUCGGUAUUUUCCAAGCAACAGCACGUAUUUGCGACCCAAUAACAAAACGUAUUAUUAUGAUGUCACUUAACGACAAACACAUACACGCAGCAAGUUAAUGCUGAAUUUAUAUUGUAGGACCUUUUCCUCCAAAGUAAGAAAAAAACGCAAAAUAAAGCAAACUUUUCGUAUUGUGAAAA